AUGUACGACGAGGAGCCGCGUGCGAUCUGCAAUCUGCCCCUCAGCGGCACUGUUGGAAUUCUCAGCUCAUUGGUGCUGCUUUCGCAAGUGGUCGCCUUAUUUCUGGUCUGCUCCGAUAAUUUCUUCAUUUAUUUUUUUGAACUUCUGAUUGCAUUCGGAAUGGCGAUCUAUGUGUUCAUGAUGAUGUUCAUAGUUUUUGGAAUGCUGGUUGGUAUAAGUUUUUUGCCGAGCUAUAGACGUAGAUACUGUGACGAACCUGUGAUGAUUAGAACGACGACGACCACGAUGUCAUCAUCCACCGAUUCUCCGCUGAAAACGAAUCAAAUAGUAAAUCCGCCGUUACAAAAUGUACCGCUCGACAGUGGCGAAAACGAUAACCCCAAUUGCGUUCCACUCACAGGAGCAUUUUGGGCAAGCGUUUGGGUAUCGGUGGCGCUUUCUCUCAUCAGCGUGCUGAUCGCUUGCGUUCAAAUUCGCUACACACUAGUUUUGUACAAGUACCUGCGAACUCGCCAACGACACCCUUACGAGCCUGGUGCUCCACCACGGUACACUCCCGAAUCUCCGCACACCCUUCAGACCUCGCCAGCACAGGUGGACGCUGGCCCGCUGCCACCCAAACUCAGCCAGCCUGAGGUGGCCACGCUCACCGCCGAGUCGCUGGUGAGUCCACCGACAAAUCCGCCACCGUCACCGAUAGACAAGGCGGUACUACCGAUGCCAUUUCUGCGCGUGGAGAGGCCACCCGAGUACACCGAAACACCUGGACCAUCGGAAAGGACUUACGCGAACCAAACGAAACCACCUGAAAACAUGGACGAGGUCGACCUCAACGAGGUCCGAUCUCCGUCACGAGUCAACCUUCUCGAUUAG